AUGGAAAGAGGUUCCGAAUUCUGCCCAGUAAUCCAGGGAAUGGAGUACGAAUUGGAGUUGGCUGACGGAUACGAUGAGAUUCAUUCUAUUCCUUCUCUGCUGCGUUGUUUUAGUGAGCGUGGGGUUGACUUCGGAUCCAUGCAAGGACCCGUUCAGGAAAACAGGACCCUGCAGGGCUCUUUUUUAGGAGAUGGGGAUAUGACGACGGCAAAUGCAAACAAUUCAUUUACGGCGGUUGCGGUGGAAACAGAAACAAUUUUAAAAGUGAAGAGGAAUGCAAAAGAACCUGCAUGA